GAAUAUAAUUCGGAUUUGUCGCGUGCAGGAGUUUUCCUCUGAUUGCGCAUGCGUCAUUCAUUCUCUUUCGCGAAAAGAUGGCUACCACUGCAAAACAAGCUAAGACUGAGGAAAAGAACGGCGCUGAAAAUCCCGAUGAACAGGCCGAUAAAGAACAGCAGGAGGCGAUAGAGCAGAUAGAUGAGGUUCAGAAUGAGAUAGACAGACUGAACGAGCAAGCAAGUGAAGAGAUUCUAAAAGUAGAACAAAAAUACAACAAAUUACGACAGCCUUACUUCCAGAAGAGGUCUGAUUUGAUAGCUAAAAUACCAAACUUCUGGGUAACAGCUUUUGUGAAUCAUCCCCAAGUUUCAGCAUUGUUGAAUGAAGAAGACGAAGAGGCAUUACAGUUCCUUACAAAAGUGGAGGUUCAAGAGUUUGAGGACAUCAAAUCAGGAUAUAAAAUUAAUUUUUAUUUUGACAAGAAUCAGUACUUCAGUAACGAUGUGAUAUCAAAAGAAUUUCAUCUGAAUGACACUGGUGAACCGUCUUCAAAAUCUACCCCAAUCAACUGGUUAGAGGGAAAAGACCUCACAAAGAAGGCAAACACACCUGCAAAAGGAGGCCGAAAGAGGAGUCCGGAGGAACAAGAAUCAUUUUUCUGCUGGUUCUCUGAUCAUGGUGACGCUGGAGCUGAUGAGCUUGGAGAAGUAAUCAAGGAUGAUAUCUGGCCAAAUCCAUUACAGUACUACCUGGCAUCAGAAAUUGAUGAAGAAGGGGGUGUAGGUACUGGUGCUGACGAUGAACUUGAUGAUUUAGAUGAGGACGACGAGGGCGAAGACUUUGAAGGGGAAGAGGAGGAGGGAGAAGAAGAGGGCGAGGGUGAAGAAGAGGAAGAUGGUGAGGAAGAAGGGUAAAUAGGAAAGAGAAAAGACUGUCAUCAUUUCAUACAUUCAUUAUUCUGGAACGGAUCAUCAUUGAACAACUUGGGUUUGAGUGACUAUUAGAUCAACUCAACAUUAAAUGAUGCUGAAAAGGGGCCAGCUAAAACUGAUAAUGCCUUCUGUUUAUGCGGAAAAAAAACAGACAUUUCUCACACAGUGUUUACUUAUAUAUUGAAUUGCUGUAACUGACUAAAACUUUUGUCAGUUUAAAUAAUGCUGAAGAAAAGUCAGUAAUUCCUGAAUACAUCAACAUCAUUUCAUUAUCAUCAUCAUCAUAGCUUCUGUCAUUAUCACUCAUUUCAUCAUCACUCAUUUCAUAACGUUACCAUUUUCAUUAUCAUCAUCAGUUAACAUCAGUCACCAUCAUCAUGAUUUGUUAUCAUCACAUGACACUUCAGGACGUCGCUCACAUUUUAUACAUGAAUGAAUGUAUGUUGUUUUGUGAUAUUAGCAUCGUGUGAAUUGAAAAUCCUUCAGAACUAUUUGAAUAUCAAAUAUUAAGUUAUUUGUCACCAAGCUGUUACUCUUGUUCAGCAAUAGCUUGUCACCUCCUAGUGACUGCUCCCUCUUGUAACUGUUGUUGAGAAAUAUGUUGUGAAGAAGAUUGAAUAAAACAAUAGGUAGCCUUGA